AUGGGCCUCAUGGACAAAUUGAUGCGCAACUACGAGAUUUGGAAAAUCGGCAAAUAUACCAAGCGCAGGGCAGCACUCACACCGGAGUUUGAACAGAGAGACAAAGAAUACUAUGAGUCUAACUAUAAGGAUGGGAUUUACACUCAUAACCAAGUUGGCAACGAUAAUAACAUGAACCGUGCAAAGUCCUUCAAGCGUGUGCUCUCUCGAAAGGAUACAAAAGCUGUCCGGAGCAGCGAAGUCUAUAACGAAAAUCCUCACAGCCAGUACAGGUAA